GAUAAAAAUCAAUAUUUUUCACAUCUAUUAAUGCUAUAUAGACGCGGUAAAUUUAAAUAAUGUCGGGUCAAUUACCUCGUAGCACACAAUAUGGUAAAAAAAUCCGUAAUUUUAUAUUACCGAAUGUUAGUGGAACGUUGGAAAAUGGUUUGAGUCCAUAUUUGGGACAUCCAGUUGUGCCAGUGGAUGAUCCGAAUUUUUAUAAUCGUAACGGUGAUAGUUUUCAUGUUGAGUCAAGUAUUUCGUCGUUAAGUGAUAUUGAAUCGUGGGAUACGGGAUCAACGAGUUCAGCUUCAUGGUUUGAUGAAUUCGAUCAAGUUGCGACCCAACAAAUUAAUAAGGAAUUGAAGGAUAUUGAUAGUGUUUUAUAUGAUGAAGCAGAUGUUUCGAUUCUAAGAUCGGAUCUCCAUGAGGAAUGCCAGGAAUGGAAAGAUGCAUUUCCUCAUUUACGAAUAACAGGAACGGGUGUUAAACAAUGCCCACUUCAAACGACAAUAAAACGAAAAGGAAAAGAUAUCGAAGAAACAAAAUCAUUUUCCGUAAUAUCGAAAAGUAGUCCAGUAUUAUACAACAAUAAUUCGAAAUCAUUUCACACCAAAUCGGAUAAAAUCUCAAAUAAAACAAAUAACAAUGUCAUUGAAAUGGAAUCAUUUUUACGAAUUUCACCAAUCUCAUUCUUUGAUGCCACCGAUAAACAUCAAACGUCAGCCGCUUCAAUUGUACGUUCCGAGUUAACAUCGUCAAAAUGGCGUCGAAACACAAGUCCAGAAUUCUCUUCAUUACCGUACAUUCCAACGCCACGAUAUAAUAAUUCUAGUUCAAUAAGUACACUAUCAUCGUCGAGCAGUAGUCAUCGAGACACGAACUCAAAUCGGAAAACUUUAGAACCGCUUGUAAGAAAAUCACAACAUCAUCAACGCUCCAUAAAAAGUGGUAAAAGUGAUCAUUUUUAUCAAACACUUCCGUUACGCACAAAACCAUUGAUUCUACCGCCAAUUGAACAGCUAUCGAUUAGCAAAGAAUCGAAUUUCCGUUCGAUUUCAGCAACACCAAGGAAUUCAGUGUUUUAUCAGGGUUUUGUUGAGAAUGCGUAUCGGAAAUUUGGUACAACAACGAAAUGUACGCAAAUUGUUGAGCAGCAAAGUAAUAAAAUUGCAUAUCGUAAUGUAAAUAAUAAUAGCAAAGAUGUAGAAAAAGUAAAAAAUGUUGUAAAACCUAAGUCCAAUUAUAAAUAGUUUAGUUUUUUCCUAUAAAUAAUUUCUACAGUGCCCCCUCAUCCCUCCUUUCCCCUUCUU